AGGAACUUGACUGUUUUUCCGGCUGGGUGACGUGAGGGGGGCAAAUGGCGGCGGUCGUCCACAAGCUGGGCAGCCGGGUUUGCCUGUUGUCCAGCUUCAGGUACGGCCAAAGUCGACCGCUUUGCUCCGAGGAAGCUUCGGAAACUUGGCGAGAAAAGUGCACAUUUACUGCAAGUCCGAAUAAAUAUGUUUUCACGGGGAACGAAGGCGACGUUUGGCCAAAAAGCACAGCGGUGGGACCCAAAAUAGAAGUCAGACUAAUGGAAAGGAGUCAUCGGCUAACUGAAAUUAAUUUGAACCAGAACUCACCUCAUUUUACUGGAUUUGUUCAUGCCAGAGAAGCUUUUAACAGUUCUUUGAUUGGACCCCGGAGGUCAUCCGAGAGCAGAGGAGCUGUUUCCGGUACCCCGAACUCCCUCCUCACGUCAUCUCAGCAGCUGCGAGCUUUCUGCAUCCUCAUCCGAGUGCAUACCCCAGAGAGUCGGCAUUGUGGCUCUUUUAAAUCCAGAAGCUACUGUUGGAAGAAAGACUUUAAAGAUGACCCACUGUACAGAAACAAGACGGCCUAUUAUGACAUCCUAAAAGUGUCCCCCAAUGCCACGCAGUCCCAAAUCAAGACCGCCUACUAUAAGCAGUCGUUUAUCUUCCACCCAGACAAAAACCCAGGGAGCGCAGAGUCCGCACUGCGCUUCUCUGAGAUCAGCGAGGCAUACACGGUGCUGGGAAACAAAAGUCUGAGGAGGAAGUACGACCGGGGUAUCCUGAGCAUGAUGGAUGUCCACGGUACGGGAAGACCCCCCUCCAAAGAGACCUCAAGCAGAUUCUCGGGAUCGGCACAGCAGCAGCAAACCACCUCCAGGGGUUUCUCCCAAACGAGAGGAAGGCCCAUGUACGACUUUGACGCCUUCUACCAGGCUCACUACGGCGAGCAGCUGCAGAGGGAGCGAGAAAUACGAGCCCGAAGGCAGCGCGAAGUCGAGGCGCACCAGGAGAAGCUGAAAAAGUGGAGGCAGAGCAAGAUGAUCGAGGGCACGGUGGGCUUGCUGCUGCUGGCAGCGGGCAUGGUUUUGCUGAGUGUCAAGUCCUGAAAGACGAGCGGCAUCUGGACCGCCUCCUUGUUGGGGUGGCAUGUUCAGACACGACAAGAACGCUUUUUUCUCAGUUUUUGACUUUUCAAUUUGGGAUUAUAGUCAUAGAGGCAAAACGGUCAUUUGAGGAUGAACAAAUUUGGAAUCACACCAUCACAUUUUUUUAGACCCACUUGGCGCAAUCAAGUGCAGAUCCUUGAUAAUGCCUUGUGUCUUGCAAUUGUGAUGAAAAUGUGAGUUUAAUCUAGCAUCGUUGAAAAACACACUCUUCAAUACAUGAGAAAUUAACGACUGGAUUAAAUUAAGUUUUCAUUUCUAAAUGGCUGAGAUGCAUCUGAUCAUAUCAAAUAUGAAUUAUAUUUGGAGGAUUGUGUUUUGUGUGUUUUAUUGCAAAACUAAUUGAAGGAAUACAUAUGAAAAUUAUAUUCUCUUGAAUGAAUGCCCCGUGACAAAUCCAUCGUAUUUUCAGGCCAAAAUGAUGGCUCGAAAAAGAAAAUAACCGAAUAGCACACAACGUUGAGAGUAUCCUGGUACAUUAUUUAACUGCAUUAAAAUUAAUUACACAAGGUCCUCUACGCUUCGAAUGGAGGAAAGUACUGACCAUUCUAUCACUGAGCCAAGACCCUCACGUUCAUGUCACGUUUGGCCUGAAGAGGGCAGCCGACCAUAUCGAAUGACAUCACCACCUGCUCAGAACGGUCCUGAUACGCCAUAGAAUAUAAAAUAUAAAAAUAAAUAAACAAACGUUUUGGGCAGACAUCAGCAAAUGUAUACAGAUUAUGGAGAGUCACAAAAAUCUCAUGAUUUUGUUCACAUUUUAUUCACAGAAAUAUAAAGUAGUAUGUCAAUUACAUCACUUUGUACAAAAUUGCACAGACUCGUCAAAACUCAGUCAACAGAAACAAAACACCUUUGAAGUUUUACCAAGUGUUACUAAAAUAAAAGGGGAGCAACGACUGCACAGAUUCUAGGAUUCCAGGUCCCCCAAAAA